AUGGAAGAUAUCAAUCAUCUCCUCGACCUCCCCUCGCCGUCCAAUUCGUACCAAUAUGUGUAUGGCGAUGCCGAGCAGUAUCUUGACACAAACACGUCUGAGCCCCAGAGCUCUGUGAACUCUCCUUACGACUUGUCAUACGCCGGCGAAUUCCCUGGCUCCAAUUCUUAUCCCAGCCCGGAUAGAGACAGUGGUAGCCAAUCGCCGCAGCCGGCCGAAACACAAGCAAAGGCGCCAGCAAAGAGGAAGCGGGAGAACCGGUACAAGAACGCGCCGCCUUCGGUCCUUUCGCGUCGCCGGGCACAAAACCGCGCUUCACAACGGGCAUACCGAGAGCGCAAAGACCAGAGGAUCAAAGAUCUUGAACAGAUGCUCAACGAUGCCAAGUCUCGCAACGACGUGCUGAGCCAAGCCUACACGGAGCUGCACGCCGAAUACGUUAAGUUGAAGACGUCACAGCUCAGCGAGCCUCAAUAUCCCGCAGAGAUCCAAUUCGACCCGACCAUUGGCUUGACCAACAACGACAGAUUAGACAUGGACAUGUAUGUCUACUCAGACAUGAAUAGCUACUCCCUAUGA